UCACACAGGAGGAGGGUGUCAGAACGUAUUGGGGAAGUCUGUUGGCUUGGAGCUACUGCAACUUUUACGCACGACUCCUGUCUCCAUGCCGCUGUUUUCCACUUGAAUAUAAGGGAUUGAUUUCCCCGCCUGCCUUUGAGUAAUGGCUUUCACUAUGCUGAGACCCGUCUCCACGCAUCCUUUCUCUUACCCCGCGGACCUAACCUUGAUGUCGGACGACGAGGAAGGGAACCGCAGCGAGAGUGACGGCAGCACCGAUCAGGGGUACGGGCGGGAGUCCGGUGGAGUUGUAGUCGGACAGCGGAACGCUGCCAACGCCAGAGAGAGACACCGGACCCAGAACGUCAACACAGCCUUCACGGCGCUGCGGACGCUCAUCCCCACCGAGCCGGUGGACAGAAAACUCUCCAAAAUCGAGACGCUGCGCCUGGCAUCCAGCUAUAUUUCUCACCUGGCCAACGUGCUGGUGGUAGGAGACGGAAGAGAGGGCGAACAGCCGUGCCUGAGUGCUGUGUACAGAGAAGUGAAGGGGGGUGGGCAGGGCAAACAGCCCCGGACUAUCUGCACAUUCUGCCUCAGCAACCAGCGCAAAGGGGUGAAGGACAGACGAGACUGUGUGAAAAUGCAUGGAAACAGUGUGAGACAGCUAAGUCGACGAUGAAAGUGUCUAAACUGGAGCAGUGUGGGAUUUUUUUCUUCCUCCCAGCAGAUAUUCCUAGAGACUUGAAGCAUCUCAGCACUACAGCAGUCCUCUUACUUUGUGAGGCUUUGUCUGGUUAUUUAGUGAGACAGGAGGAUUGCCACCUGUAUGUCUCCAGCAGUUGCCAGAAAUCCAGUACACAAAUUGUUACUGUUUGGGGUAUAGUGGAUAAAUAAUCUGAAAUUAUAACAUUGUGACAUACAAAGUGAGCAGCACUAAGAAGGUUACUUACAUACAUACAUUAGAUGAACAGAUCUUACAUGUUAGGGGAACAGAAAUCCAUACUAACCCUAGAUCCAUGAUGGGGUUACACUUAUGUACAGCACUUUGGAUCACUCACCUAAAGUAUGAUUACUAAUAGUUGGAAGCUAUGAACCAAAACAAAACAAAAAAUGGAGAAUACUUUAAAUCUGUAACAUCCUAGAACUCUGUGUCCAAGAGUACUUUGUUUUGUACUUUAAACAUUUUCAGUACAAGUACAAUUCACUUUGCAUACUCAGCAUUUACAGUGACUCAUAUCAAAUUGCACUUACAAUGAAACUGUUGAGCCUUACCACACUGAUGAUAAUAACCAGUGCUUUAACUAUUGAGUAGAAAAAGAUGCUGCUGAUUCAAAGAGUAGUCCAUCCAAAGUAGUCUUAAGUUCCUGGAAAUAUCAUAAAGAACAUAAUAAAAAUGUCAAGUAAUCCAUGAAAAUGUUAGUAUAAUUGCACAGUUUUUAAAUAUAAUUUGGGAUAAUUUAAAGAUAUAUCAGAAUACAUGAUUACAUGUCAUCUGUUAUACCACUAUUACCUGUCAAGCUAAUUGACUGAUUGAUUAUUGCACGGAGCAAUAAAACAUAUCAUCAGUGUUUUUUACUGGUUCCAAUUUACAAAUAUGGGUUUUAUCAUGCACAAAUGUUACUGAUGUCAUUCCUAUUUGUGAUUAAAAACAAAAGAAAACAAACAAACAAACAAACAAAAACAAUGGUUUGGUCUGGUCUAAUGAACAUUCACAAACACUUUGGUGCUGGUCCUCAAGAUGUUUGUGUGAAGCUUUUCUCUCAAAUAGAUCUAUGCACCUGAAUAGUUUCUGGAGUGUCAGAGAAGAUACCAGAGAGGCAAUGAUUUUAUCUACAUGUUUUUAUCUGCUUUGAGAUUAAAUUUAUUUUUACAUAGGCAUGGCUCUCUUGCAUUUUUCUGCCAACAUAGUAAUAAGCAUGUGAUGAGAUCAUUAA